AUGGCCUCCGACUCCAUCCCUAACCCUACCCGUAGACUCAUAAUUUGCUGCGACGGCACGUCACAGGACGCCUUCAAGGUUGUUGAAAGCCGUUCCAAACUCCGGACGAAUAUAUCGACGUUGGCGAGGGCAAUUAAGACGAAGACGGAUGGUGGGAUCGAACAGAUUGUAUUCUAUCAGGCGGGCGUGGGGACGAUUCGGACAGAGCAAUUUGGUGGUGGUGUAUUCGGGUGGGGACUUCUGCGGCAUGUGAGGGAGGCGUAUGGGUUUUUGGCACAUAAUUAUCGGCCUGGUGAUGAGAUAUUCUUUUUUGGGUUCUCGAGGGGGGGCUACACGGCGCGGAGUAUCUGUGAGCUUGUCUGCCGCCUCGGUAUUCUCACUGAACUAGGCAUGGACGAAUUCCCUACAAUCAUUGGGGACUUCUAUAAGAAGAAGAAACGCGAGAACAAGGAUCCGAAGGAGUAUGAAGAAUGGAAGAAAGAGGUCGAAAAGGGACGGGAUCAAUUUAUUGAGGACAAGUACCUACACAAGGAAAAGGUUAAUGUUGUGGCAAUUGGAUGCUUUGAUACGGUAGGAUUCGAGGAAGUUGUGGGAAAUCACGUGUGGGGGGAGGAUUAUACGUUUCAUAAUAUGGCGCUUCCUCGUGGAAUCAAACACGCCUUCCACGCCCUCUCCCUCGACGAAAAACGCGGUCCCUUCAAGCCGACCCUCUGGUUCCUAUAUGAUCUGGAGGGGGAAGCCGCCCAGCCAAAUCUCAACCAAGUCUGGUUCGCCGGCGACCACAGCGACAUUGGCGGAGGGUAUUUGAGGCACGACCUCGCAGACAUCACUCUCUUGUGGAUGGUGGACCAGUGCGCCGAAGCAAAAAUCCUGGAGUUCGAUGAAGAUUACAUUAAGAAGGUAUGCGUAUGCGAUAAGCCCAACCCCUUUAAGGUCCCUUCAGUGGGAGAGAACUCCGGCAACAAAAGGUGGGCAUAUGGAUACCGACACGAUAGCUACGAAUUCGCCAGCCUAAGAUAUAUUCGCAACCUUUGGCGGUGGGCCCCCAUCGUCGGCCGCACCCCCCGGACGCCAAUGGAGUACAAAGCGUUAUCGAAAGUCCGGCCCGGUUUCUGGCCGGAGACGGCGGAGUUUAUUCAUGAAACAGUCGUGCUGAGAUCCGAGGAAGAAGAAAUGCGGUAUAAGAGUUCGGGGUUAAAGGGCUGGGGGAAGCCGGUUGAGAAGAACAAGGUGACUGAGAACGGGGAGAAUGCAGGAAGGAAGGUGGUGAGCAAAGAGGUGAGGAGGUUGAAGGAGGGGGCGGAUGGUGUAGCGAAGCAAGAGAAAGUGGUAUUAGAGAUGCGUAUGAUGGAAUUAGGGAAGCUCGAGAAGGAAUUAAGAAAGUGGAAAGACUAUCCUGAUAUUCAAAAUAUUCCCGCGGAAGAGCAUGGGGUCGCUGUAUGUGUAUGA